AUGGUGAUCGUCCAAGUGUUAAUGGCCAUCUUUCUUUAUGUCAACUCCCUCAUGAUUUUGACCUUCUUUAAAAAAGCAGCCUUUUUCACCAACACGCGAUACAUCUUCUUUGCUCACACACUAGUCUGUGACAGUAUAUUUUUAGCUUUGACGGAUGCAUUGCUUGUGAUGAGUUACUCCAGGGCACCAAUGAAAGGUGGGCUGUGUAUAUUUUUGGUGGUUAUCUUAGGAAACCUGACAAUUGCCACACCACUGACACUAACAGCCAUGAGCCUGGAGCGUUAUGUGGCUAUUUGCAUGCCUCUGCGGCACAGUGAACUCUCCACACCGAUGAGGGCCAUGUACAGCAUCCUACUUAUCCAGGCUCUCAGCUCUGUUAUUUGGAUCAUCAUGAUUUCCAUCCUCUUCUCAGCUGUGUCCCUGAGGUUCUACACCAAUCCUCUAAUCUGCAGUGUGGAGCAGAUGAUUGUUUUCACAUGGCAGGGGCACCUCAGCUCAGCUCUGUAUCAGUUGUACUUCCUAGUCAUGUCCCUGGUCAUAGUUUUUACCUAUGUAAAGAUCAUGGAGGCUUCCAGGGCUGCCUCAUCAGAGAGAAAGACAUCCACCAAUAAGGGCCUGAGGACAGUUAUUCUCCAUGGCUUCCAACUUCUCCUUUGUUUGAUCCAGUUCUGGUGUCCUCUGAUAGAAUCUACAGUAAUGAAGAUCAAUAUGAAUAUGUUUAUAGAGCUUAGGUACUUUGAUUAUAUAUGCUUUUUUCUUGCUCCUAGAUGUCUGAGUCCACUAGUAUAUGGAUUAAGAGAUAAGGAUUUUAUGGUGGUUCUGAAAUAUUAUGCCCUGUUUAGAUUUUCUAAGCCACCGGAGGGGCUGAAACUGGUGGGUAACGUGGACAGCAAUUGGCGGGCUUUUAAGCAACAGUUCGAGUUGUACAUGGCUGCCAUAGGACUGGACAGUAAACCUGACGCCCGGAAGAUAGCAUUGCUACUUACGGUAGCGAGUCCCCAAGCCAUUGAGGUUUUCAACACGUUCAAAUUCGACGAAGGUGAAGACAAAGAGAAGUACAACGCCAUACUGGGAAAAUUCAGUGCGUAUUGCUCCCCACAGAAAAACAGAGUGUAUGAAAGUUCAAGGGACAUGGAGGCUUUGAGAAGGUCCAAAUAUGACCUAAAGAAGGCCAUCAAAGAUGCAAAACGAGACUACAGGGAUAAGUUGAAAUCUAACUACCAUAGCUCUGACCCCAGACGCAUGUGGUGUGGACUGCAACACAUCACAGACUAUAAAGGGAGAAACAGCAAUGCCCUGCCUGCCACCUCUCUCCCCAAUGAGCUCAACACCUUCAAUGCACGGUUUGAGGCGACCAACACCAUUCCUUCAGUGAGGCUUGCUGAGGACCAGGACAGCUGCACUCUGUCCCCAGGGGUCCCCACCUGCUUCAAACAGGCCACCAUUGUCCCUAUACCAAAGAAACCUUUCAUCACCUGCCUGAAUGACAACCACUCUGUAGCACUGACCUCCAUCAUUACAAAGGGCUUCAAGCAGCUGGUCAAAACCCACAUCUGCUCUACUCUUCCUGACACCUUGGACCCCUUUCCAUUUGCAUCCCACCCCAAUAGAUCUACUGACAAAACACACUUCCUUCUCCUACCUGGAAAGAGGCAACACAUUUGUGAGGAUGAUGUUCGUGGACUAUAG